UUCUCUGCGGGUCCGCGCUCCCGGGGCGCGGGUGGAGGAGCCUGGAACCGCGGGUCGCGCGUGGGCGUCGUGGACUGCAGCUUCCGGAGCCGCUGCCAGCCCGGAGGGGAGGCAAGGCGGGCAGCGCGGGCCGUUUUCCUGCCUCUUCCUCUGCCUCGUUUCGGCCGCCUCCCGCCUCUCAGGGUCGGGGUUGUCUGUCCCCUUCGCUGUCACAUCCUCCGCACCCAGCGCGUGGAAGGUGCUCCAUCACGGUGACAGACAAGUGCCAAGCAGGCUGGCGUCUGGGAGGAACUCUGGAGCCGGCUCUCCCUAGGCCCUGAGCUUGGCCCCAUCCGUCCUUACCCUGGUGACCCUGGGCAGGUCACUGACUCUUCGGGCGCUUUGGCAUCCUCGUUUGAAAGGGGCUGUUAUCCUUCAGGCUUGCUGGCGCCCUGGCUGUGCAGAGAGGAGUCCCCGAGCUCCGCCUUUGACCAGCGUGCAGCUGGGAGAGUGAGAUCAGAGACGACAACAGAUCGUGGCGCUGUGAUCAGGGGUACACUCAAGCUGUGGGUCCCUGAGCCCAGCCUCGAGAUCCCAGGAAGGCCUACAGCCUGAAAGGGGCCUUGAAAGGUGCAUUGUUUCUCUGGAAAGCAUCGCCCAGGUCAGAAUGAAAGGAAACUCUCUGUGCGGACCGCUGUAUGUGGGACCCUGAAGACGGUCAAAUAGUGUUCAAUUCUAUAGCAAGCAGAUUUUCUUGUUCCCUCUGGAGAAUACAGUUUUUGGGGAUCUUCUCUGGAUCAAGAAAUGGUGGUGAAAAAUGUUUCGCAAAGGCAAAAAACGACACAGUAGUAGCAGUUCCCAAAGUAGCGAAAUCAGUACUAAGAGCAAGUCUGUAGAUUCUAGCCUUGGGGGUCUGUCACGGUCCAGCACGGUGGCCAGCCUCGACACAGAUUCCACCAAAAGCUCAGGACAAAGCAACAAUAAUUCAGAUACCUGCGCAGAAUUUCGAAUAAAAUAUGUUGGUGCCAUUGAGAAACUGAAACUCUCUGAGGGAAAAGGCCUUGAAGGGCCAUUAGACCUGAUAAAUUAUAUAGACGUUGCCCAGCAAGACGGAAAGUUGCCUUUUGUUCCUCCAGAGGAAGAAUUUAUUAUGGGAGUUUCCAAGUAUGGCAUAAAAGUAUCAACAUCAGAUCAAUAUGAUGUUUUGCACAGGCAUGCUCUCUACUUAAUAAUCCGGAUGGUGUGUUACGAUGAUGGUCUCGGGGCGGGAAAAAGCUUACUGGCUCUGAAGACCACAGAUGCAAGCAAUGAAGAAUACAGCCUGUGGGUUUAUCAGUGCAACAGCCUGGAACAAGCACAAGCCAUUUGCAAGGUUUUAUCCACUGCUUUUGACUCUGUAUUAACAUCUGAGAAACCUUGAAUCCUGCAAUCAAGAAGUCAACUUCAUCUGAAAGUUCAGCUGUUUUCAAUCUGCAGUGCUGACGUGUUAUGCAAAUAAUGAAAUGAUCCCUUGCUCUAGGUUUUCUGAAGAAAAUGGAUUGUGUAAAAUGCUGAUCAUUUGUUUAUUAAAAUGUGUCCUAUUAGUGAGUUAACUCUCAA